AUGUCGGCUGCGUCGCGAUUGACAUUUCUUUACCCGCAUAUGCUGCGGGCAACUUCCAGAGCGCAACCGCAGCAAUGGGCUGCCUACCGUCCCCCUUGGGCCGCGGCCAACCCGAAACGCUCCGUGCAUGCUCUUCGGCGGGCCAAAAGCUCGUUUGCGCCGAGACAUGGCAAAGGCGUGGCGCCAGAGACAUGGGAAGAGCAGCAGCAAAAAGACGGCACGGCUGCCGUCGAAGACGGUGUAGCCGCGACUGAGAACAAGGCUGGCGAGGCUGCUCCCACCGUUGCCGCUGAAAAUGAUGCAAAGGCCGACGCAGCGGACAGCAAGCCCAAGGCGACGGCGACGGCGUCAAGCACAAAGACGAACACGCAAGAGGCUGUCGCCACGCCCGACGUGAUUUUGGCGCCGCCGCCAGCAGCGGAGACCAAGGGCGAAACUAAAAAGACAGGCAGCGAGUCGGGAAAGCAGUCGCAGGCGACGGAGAGCAAACGAGAACCGACGGCCGAGGAGACAAAGACUGCGCAGGCCAAGGAGCUGGCAAAAUCGAGCGGACCCCUCGAGGCGGUACUGCACAUGCAGCCGCCAGAGCAGACUGCGCAGCAGCAUCCGUCCAUGUCGCCGCCGCCGUAUGAGCAUCAUUUCGACAGCUACUCGCUUGUGAAGCAGCUUGAAGAGGGCGGCUACACGUCGCAGCAGGCAAUCAUGUCAAUGAAAGCGAUUCGGAAGCUUCUCGCCAAGAAUCUGGGCGUCGCGCAGCAAAGCCUCGUCAGCAAAAGCGAUGUUGAAAAUGAAACGUAUUUGUUUUCGGCCGCUUGCUCGGAGCUCAAUACCGAAGUCAAGAACAAUAGGCGACUCGCCGAGGAAGAGCUGCGCCAGAAGCGGACGCAUCUCCAGCACGAAGUGGAUAUCCUGACGCAGUCGCUAAACCAAGAGGUUGCGACGCUCAACGACACUGUCAAGGGUAUGUACAACGACCGUAAGCAGGCUGUGCGAGAGGAGCAAAAGGCUAUAGAUAGUGCUAUUCAAAAAAUCAGCUACAAGAUUAGCAUCGACCUUACGUCCGACGCCAAGACGGAAAUCGAGGGCGUGCGCUGGGUACUCAUAUGGCGCUCCGUGCUCGGCAUCCUCGUCAUGGCCUUUUUGACGAUCGGCACGCUACGCCUCGCCACGUACGAGAAACAGCGCAAGCAGGAGGAGGAGCGCGUGCGCAAGGCCGAGGAGGCGCAACGCCGCGCCGAAGAGGCCCGACAGCGCCGCGAAGACGAGAAGCAGCGCCGUGAGGAGGAGAAGCAGCGCCGCAAGGAGGAGGAGGAGAAGCGCAGGGAGGAGGAGAGGAGGCGCAGGGAGACGCGGGAGCUGCAGCGCCGGGAGGACGAGGAGGAGCUGAAGCGCUACGGGCCCCGGAACGGGGCGGAGGAUGGGAGUUUGGCGGCAAAGGUGGUGGACGACGUGGAAAGCUUGUCGGCAAAUUAG